AUGCUCCAGAGUCACCCGUGUGAGUUAUGUGACCAUGUAUCUAAAAACAGAUACACCAGUUUAAUCCACAACGUCAGACAUAUUAUUAUACCGCUCAUCAAUCAGACUGUUCAUCAAUGUGAAAUAUGCCUUCACCACUUCACGUCUCCCAAUGAUCUUAGUCAACACAAAUCUGAAAAACACCCAUUAAAUGUAGUUACCAUAAGCAAUAAUAUAAAAGAUGAAUUAUAUGAAUGUGAUCUAGUUACUUUUGAAAAUCAAGAAAAUACAUCACAAGGCAAGGCUGAUUGUUAUAAUGAUGACAAUGAUAAAACAUCACGUUUCAAAAGAUUUUCUAUAAAAAAUCGUUUGUUGUUUGAAGAAGAUAUUCUAUCAUCAAACAGUGAUAAGUUAUUAGCAGAUUUGACAACGGAUUGUAAGGUUAAAGUGGAGUGGAUCCCGUCAAUUUGGGAGACAAGUUACCCGAACAGUGUACAUUAUAACGAGCUGAUAAAUCCAGGGGUGUUUAGGUGUAAGAAGUGUUCUAAGACGUUCCCGUCUAGAUAUGCGGCAAUAACACACGAAGCAAGUCAUAUAUUCUUUAAGAAUAGUCAAGUAACUCAAUGUGAAUUAUGCAAGCAAUAUAUUUUAGGUGAUAUUAAUAAAUUAAAACAACAUCAUAUAACAUCACAUGCACAGGAGAUGUCAAAGAAAUAUUUUGGCGGGCGAUCUGAAGAAAAUGACGGGAGGUGUGAAGAAAAUGGUGGCAUAGACGAACCUAAUGUUAAGUUAGCGUGCGUGUUAGCAGCUCAAUCAUGA